AUGUCCAAGUUGGCGGAUAUCUAUUACUCCCCUAGGGGCUACUGGAAGGGACUGGCGGCGAUCCCCAAGCUAGCCGCUGCUGCCAAAGUGUCAGAAGAUACGGCUCGUGCAUGGCUAAAGAAGCAAGCUAUCUGGCAGAUAUACCUCCCCCGCCCGAAGCAAUUACCGAGACCUCUGUUCGGCGUCGAAACACCGAAUGAAGUUCAUCAGGCCGAUCUUCAGUUUCUGCCGCACGACCGACCGGGGAGAGGUCGUGAGCUGUACAAGUACGCGCUGACAGUGGUUGACGUCGCUUCGCGGUACAAGGAGGCUGAAGCUCUCGCUACGAAAGAUUCAAAAGAGGUCGCGGAUGCUUUGACCCGUAUUUACAAGCGCGGCCCUCUUACAUGGCCAAAGCUGUUUCAAGUCGACCCGGGGCGUGAAUUCAUGGGCGCUGUAAGCCUGUUGCUGGCCAAACACGGUGUAUCGGUUAGACGUGGGCGGGUGGAUGUGCACAGGGAUCAAGGCAUUGUAGAGCGUUUCAACCGCACUCUGGCUGAGCGGCUCUUUGGGCAUCAGUAUGCUCAGGAGCUGUGCCUUCCUCCCGGACACCAGUCCACUGAAUGGGUCGCUCGGCUGCCCUCUGUUGUCGCAGCUCUCAAUAAUGAAGUAACCCGCCUCACCGACAAGAAGCCUAAGGAUGCAAUCAAGGUCGCCCCACAGGACUAG